AUGGCACCUCCACGGCCACGCUCGAGUGUUCCAAAGGAUAGAGUGUCUGGGUACUUGAGCAAUCUUCGAACUCAGUCAUAUAAUGAUCCAUCAGCGCGCGGGGUUUCUUCACAGUUAAGAUCAAUUGCUUGGAAUCCAAUUGGUACAUUAGUAGCAACUGGUUCUAGUGAUAGGACUCUUCGGGUAUGGAAUCCAGAGAAAGUCCAUGUUCGUUACUCUACAGAGCUGAAGGGCCACACAGCCGGCAUCGAGAAAGUAGCAUUCAACCCAGUCAAGGAGGCGGAGCUAUGUAGCGUCUCCAUUGACGGCGUUGUGAGGUUCUGGGAUGUCAAAACCAAAGCGGUUAUAAAUGAGGUCAAAGGGCUAGGUGAUGCAAUCACUCUGGCUUGGGCUCCAGACGGAGAAAGCCUCGUCGUAGGAAAUAAGGCCGACAAUUUAUACAUUCUCUCUCCAACGUCUUCAACACCGCUAGCCUCUCAUCAACAGCCAGUCCAGACCAAUCAAAUAUGCUUUUGCAACAGCGGAACGAAAGUAUUCCUCACGACUGGAGAGGGUCGAGUCAAAAUACUGUCAUAUCCUGAUUUUAAACCAGUCUUCACCACCAGCUAUGACCCCUCAACCCCAUUUACACUGAAUGGUCAUACAUCUUCCUGUAUCUCGGUUGAAAUGGCGCCUAGCGGACGAUGGCUUGCAACUGGAGGCUCAGACUCCAUUAUUGCCCUCUGGGAUACCACAGAGUGGCAUUGUCAGCGAACUUUAACAGAAAUGGUUGGACCAGUCAGAAGUAUAGCCUUCUCUUUUGAUGGUAGCUAUCUUGUGGGAGGGAGCGACGAAGGAGCCGGCUUGGAGAUCGCGCAUACCGAAAGCGGAGAUCCAGUCCAUUCAGUCAAGACUUCUGGCCCCUGCCCUGUCGUCGCGUGGCAUCCAAGUCGUUAUUCUUUGGCAUAUGCGGAAGGCGGCAUGCUUAAGAUUCUGGGAGUUGACCCUGAGAGGAAAUAG